UGUGAGUGGGACAGAGCACCAUGUAUUCUCCCAGUGGAGUGUGAGUGGGGCAGAGCACAGUGUAUUCUCACUGCGGAAUGUGAGUGGGACAGAGCACCAUGUAUUCUCCCAGUGGAGUGUGAGUGGGACAGAGCACAGUGUAUUCUCACUGCGGAAUGUGAGUGGGACAGAGCACCAUGUAUUCUCACUGCGGAAUGUGAGUGGGACAGAGCACAGUGUAUUCUCACUGCAGAAUGUGAGUGGGACAGAGCACAGUGUAUUCUCACUGCGGAAUGUGAGUGGGACAGAGCACAGUGUAUUCUCACUGCGGAGUGUGAGUGGGACAGAGCACCAUGUAUUCUCACUGCGGAAUGUGAGUGGGACAGAGCACAGUGUAUUCUCACUGCGGAAUGUGAGUGGGACAGAGCACAGUGUAUUCUCCCAGCGGAGUGUGAGUGGGACAGAGCACAGUGUAUUCUCACUGCGGAAUGUGAGUGGGACAGAGCACAGUGUAUUCUCACUGCGGAAUGUGAGUGGGACAGAGCACAGUGUAUUCUCACUGUGGAAUGUGAGUGGGACAGAGCACAGUGUAUUCUCACUGCAGAAUGUGAGUGGGACAGAGCACAGUGUAUUCUCACUGCGGAAUGUGAGUGGGACAGAGCACAGUGUAUUCUCACUGCGGAAUGUGAGUGGGACAGAGCACAGUGUAUUCUCACUGUGGAAUGUGAGUGGGACAGAGCACAGUGUAUUCUCACUGCAGAAUGUGAGUGGGACAGAGCACAGUGUAUUCUCCCAGUGGAGUGUGAGUGGGACAGAGCACAGUGUAUUCUCACUGCGGAAUGUGAGUGGGACAGAGCACAGUGUAUUCUCACUGCGGAAUGUGAGUGGGACAGAGCACAGUGUAUUCUCACUGUGGAAUGUGAGUGGGACAGAGCACAGUGUAUUCUCACUGCAGAAUGUGAGUGGGACAGAGCACAGUGUAUUCUCAGUGCAGAAUGUGAGUGGGACAGAGCACAGUGUAUUCUCACUGCGGAAUGUGAGUGGGACAGAGCACAUUGUAUUCUCACUGCGGAAUGUGAGUGGGACAGAGCACAGUGUAUUCUCACUGUGGAAUGUGAGUGGGACAGAGCACAGUGUAUUCUCCCAGUGGAGUGUGAGUGGGACAGAGCACAGUGUAUUCUCACUGCGGAAUGUGAGUGGGACAGAGCACAGUGUAUUCUCACUGCGGAAUGUGAGUGGGACAGAGCACAGUGUAUUCUCACUGUGGAAUGUGAGUGGGACAGAGCACAGUGUAUUCUCACUGCAGAAUGUGAGUGGGACAGAGCACAGUGUAUUCUCCCAGUGGAGUGUGAGUGGGACAGAGCACAGUGUAUUCUCACUGCGGAAUGUGAGUGGGACAGAGCACAGUGUAUUCUCACUGCGGAAUGUGAGUGGGACAGAGCACAGUGUAUUCUCACUGUGGAAUGUGAGUGGGACAGAGCACAGUGUAUUCUCACUGCGGAAUGUGAGUGGGACAGAGCACAGUGUAUUCUCACUGCGGAAUGUGAGUGGGACAGAGCACAGUGUAUUCUCACUGUGGAGUGUGAGUGCUCACUGAACGGAGUGUGUCUCCAGGCAGGAACAAUUUGA